AUGGAAGCCGAGUUGCUGGCCCUAGCUUGGGCACAAUGUUGGGCCUUAGAAUUCGGACCCGCUUAUGGCGUGCCGAUUUUCUUCUAUUACGAUUCUCAGUCUGCUGGCGGCGGUGCCUUUUGCAGUUCUCGUGUUCCCAAACUCCACUUGGCGGACGGAUCUUCCUCCCUGCCGGAGUUCGUUGCACUUCUUCGACAGGCACUGUCCGCGCGGUUACCCGUUGGACAUUGUCAUGUGAAAGGACAUUCCGGUUCGUUGCCAAACGAACUCGCCGAUCAGCUUGCCAAACAUGCACGACGUCACCCUGAAGAUAUCUAUGAUAGAUGUCUUCCGGAGUGGCCCAGCCAGUGGGCCGCCCAUCCCCUGCGAAGAUGGGGCUGGAUGGCACAUCACAGCUCGGCACAGUUACCCUACCUUCCCGCCAUGGAAGCCGAGGCAUGCAGGCUGCAAGAACGGGUCCGCACUGAGGUCACCCCCCCGACAGCAGGUCUCAAGGAGAUCAAUUUGCGCGCCAUUCAGGUUUAUUAUGACCUGACUUUUGUGUCCCUCAAUGUGUUGUCCAUGUUUACUUCAGACGCACCCAAGGGACGCAAAAACAGAGUGCCGCAGGCCGGCCUGUUGGUUUCAGGUAAAAAAGAUCUCCUACGGGAGCAAUUUUUACGUCACAAAGUGUGGGUCGCAGGCCUUCAAGAAACUCGUCUCCCGACGGGAGCCGUGCUACCUGACAAGGACUUUUACAUCCUCAACUCAGCUGCCACAGAUGCGGGCUCCUAUGGUUGCUCGCUUUGGUUGAGCCUUUCGAUUCCCUAUGCGCAUGAUGGUUCCCGGCCACUUCGGCUGGAACGUAGCCAUGUUGUCGUCACGAGUCUCUCGCCGCGUCACAUCCAAGUGCAGAUUGAGGAACUUGCCACCAGACCGGCACAUUCUGUGCACAUUGUGCUGACUGACUCCAACAGCCAUGUUGGGUCAGUCCAGACAGAUGCCGUUGGUUGCCUCGAUCCAGAGGAUGAAAAUGAGGCUGGUGAGCUUUUUCAUGGGUUCUUGCUGCACAAUCAGUUGUUCGCCCCAUCUACGUUCUCCACUUUCCAUUCUGGGCAGUCGUGGACUUGGAUAGCAGCACGAGGCGAUGAUGCUCGUUACAGACUGGAUUUCGUGUGUGUCCCUCAAGAAUGGGCCACAUUCGAGCUUAAGUCCAAAGUUUGGACCGACUUCGAGGCCCUGCAGGCCCGUGAUGACCAUUACCCAGUUGUCCUGACUGCGGUUUUUGGCAGGCUAGCUCCGGCGAACAAGUAUACCGUGCAUGCCCGUGUUGCACAGCGCCCUCCACGGGACCUUCAAUGGCAACAGGUGCAGCAUUUUAGUGUAGCACUCGGCGCAAGUGGUGCCCCGGGAUGGGACGUACCCGUCGUCUCGUCAACCACACGGCCACGUCAGCCAUACCUCACCCCGGACACCCUGGCACUGGUGCAUAGACGUGCCGCGGUUAGAGGGGAGGGCAGGGCUUUUACUCCCCAUGCCCUUACUUUGGCUCAGGUUUCUCUGCAGGAUUUGCAGCACCCCAAGCAGCUAUAUCAGGUCGUGCGAAAGGCCUUUCCACAGGACGGGACAUUGGCCACGACCCCACAGGAAAGAGCCGACCGCUGGACAGCUUACUUUUCGGCCCAGGAAGCAGGGGAAGUCAUUCCAAUUGCCGACUAUGCAGGCCAUUUCCGAGACAGUACUCUUGAUCCCACUCCGGACGGUUGGGUCUUUGACCAUCAGGCCUUGCCUGACCUGUUUGAGCUGGAGCAACAAAUCUUGGGCUUGCCUUUCGACAAGGCCGCGGGACCGGACGGCGUCACAGGUGAGCUUCUCCGGGUACAGCCCGCUCUCACGUCGCAAUGGCUCUAUCCGCUGUAUCUCAAGACUGCCAUGUGUCUGCAAGAACCCACCACUUGGCGUGGGGGCGCGCUUAUGUGCUUGGCCAAGAGGGCGGCAGCUCUUUUUGACUGCAAGGCGUUCCGCUCUAUUCUUCUCAGCAGUGUCCCCAGCAAACUUUAUCAUCGCAUUUUGCGAAACAAGUUGAUGGGCGCGUUCGCCAAUGUUCGGGGAGACCUCCAGGCUGGACAGAUCCCGGGGCUAGGUGUUGAAAGCAUUUCCUUGGUGGUGCGAUCUUACCAAGCCUGGGCACGUAAGACGGGACACCAUUCGGCAGCCGUCUUUUUCGACAUUAAAGCGGCGUUUUACAUGGUGUUGCGACAGGCCCUUGUCCCGUCCAAAGAUAGUGAUGCUGUGUUGCUUCGGCUCUUGCACGGGUUGGGGAUUCCUCCCUCUGCCUUGGAGGAGCUGUUUGAGCAGCUUUCCCGCGCCGCGUACAUUGUCUCUGCUGGGGCCGGGCCACACCUCACCGCACUUGUCACAGACUUGUUGCGCGGCACGUGGUUUAGGCUCGACGGCGCGUCUGCGUUGGUACUCACCCAGCGUGGGAGCCGUCCUGGUGACCCGCUCGCUGAUUUGCUUUUCGCGUUCACCUUUUCUGCGUAUGUACGCAGUGCAGAACAAGCUCUUCAGUCCGCUGAUUUGCAGACUUACUGCCCUGAGACAGCAGUUUCGGCCCCGUGGUGCGGUUGGGAGCCAGUACGCCAGGUGGGCAUAGCCUCCUGGGCCGAUGAUUACGUCAUGCUCCAGGUGUCCAGGGAGGUUGGCGGUUUGAUCGCACGCACCCGGGCGGCUACCGAGGUCUUGGUCUCCCAAGCCUCGUCAGCGGGUAUGGAAGUUUCCUUUGCCAGGGACAAGACGGCUGUAUUGCUCUCGUCUGACUGUACACUGGCCGACCGAGGUGAGGUCCUCCGGGAUCCGGAGCUUGGAGUUUGCUUACUGGGUUCAACCCAUCUGUUGCCUAUUGUUGACUCCUACCGGCACCUCGGUGGCAUCCUUACAGCCAACGGUGUUCCGGCGGCUGAGGCGCCCUCCCCACCUUUGGCAGUGGCCCUCAUGCGUGGGGUGCUGUUGCAGCGACUGCUCAAGCAUGGUCCAAGCACGCUGCUGCACCUACUGCAUGUUCACUGGCGAACGGAUCCUCAACACUCUUGGCUUGGCAUGUUUGCCAGAGAUGUGCAAGCCGUGGCGGUGUAUUGUCCAGCUGCGCAAGUUGUCCUGGACUCCUCGUGCUCUGUGACGGCACUUGUCGAGGCGAUUCAAGCUGAUGCCACGUGGUGGUUGCGGCAGGUCAAAUGUGCCAUUCGCCAGUACGGGGACGACCUUGAGAAAUGGGCCGGCCAAACCCACUCACAUAGCACUGUAGGAAGCACCACCGGUGAUGUUGAAGCGCCAUUGCCCCUCGUUCAGGGACGGCCGUUCCAAUGCCGGUUGUGUGAUGCUUCCUUUGUGCUUCGUAAGCAUCAAGCUUUGCACGCCUGCUUGAAGUUCUAUCACACUGUUGAUCGUCUUCAGUACCACCUGAAGAGGUCUGCUCCUUGCCUCACCAGAGUUGUGCAUGUGUUGCCGCCUAUGUCGCCUGCCGAAUUGCGAGCUGUCGAAGGCGCUGAUGCAGCAACUAAACGCAAAGUAGGCAAGGGACAAUGGCAGCAUUAUGUCGCCGCUCGGCCUUCUGCUCAGUCGUAUGGGCCGCGGCUACCCAUAGCCGCCGAGCGCCUUCAAGGACUACAAGAGGAUGAUCUGACCCUGGCCGAUUUGGGCAGGGUCUACCGGCCCCCUCCAGGGGUUGUUGCACAAGUUAUGGACUUCAUUGAUGCUGCCUCCUCCGAGG